AGGGUCUUGACGUCCCUCUGUCCACUGAGACAGACUUGUCCAGAUCUGAAAACUGGCAGGAUAUUCUUAGAGCCAGAGGUGAUUGGUCGCAUUUCUCCCGUGGGAAGCAGAAGGCAAGCCGGGAGCGUCUGAACAGCGGAAGACAGCAAAGGCUCAAACAGGGCGAUUGCUGUCUGUGUUUCGCCUUUUGGAAAAAGCCGGGGACACCUUUUUAAAAUGUGGUUAGUGAGAAGAGACAUGUACUUGCCUCCGGGUCCUCUAAAAGUUCAUUCCCUGAGGUCAGGCACAGCAUAAAUCUCAAUUCUCUGGCCAAUGCAGAGCGACCCCGUCAAGAUGGCUCACCGGAAGAAGAACACGCCUGCCCAAGUCCAAAGCGGAUCCAAGAACGCUUUCACGGAGACCCCUGUUGUCAAAGGACCCAAUAUGGACUCUCUGGGAUUUCAGGCUAUGGACAGCAACGUCCCCGGCCUGUCGCAGGUCAUCCUAAAAAACCUCAACAUGAAGAGCUACGAUGAAUACAGGUCUGCCAUGGAAGGCAAGAAACCGGGCGCCGAAUUCGGCAUCCGGUCCUAUUUCGAGAUGUUCCAGAAGAUGGAGGACACGUUCAAAUUCUGCGCCGAGUGCAAGAAACUCCCCGAAUCGCUGCCCAAUCCCAAAAGCCUGCGGAGGUGCAAAAGGGCACAGCUCUGUGAACUUUACAUUUCUGCGAUCCUUCCCGUAGGUGACAUCCCUUUCCCCACGGCAUCUUGGACGAAACGCAUCCAGGAGGUCAGAGACUGGGAAGACUGGCUUUCCAUGCAAGAAGCUCUGGACGAGAAGCUAGGGGCCAUACUGACCGGCCGCUACAUGCAUAUUCUCUGGGCCAAUGCCGGGAAGCCAAAACCAGAGGAGGCGGAACUGGUGGAGUCCAUCAAGCGGGUGACCACGGACUUUGUGUCCAGGCCAGCCACUAUCGGCCUCGGGUUGCACGCGUUCCGGAUUGAUCCCUACGCCAAGCCGAUCGUCGAGCAUGUGGUUGGAGCUUCCCACGUAGAGACCCUCAACGCCCGGGUAACGGACUACGACGAGCUGUCCCGCGUGUUUCCUAAACACCAGGGCGUCGAGGUGGUGAUGGUGGGCGUCGACGUGGUCGACGGGCCCAUCAUGAGGCCUCCGUUGGUGGCCUUUGGGCCUCGAGAGAGGGUCUACCUCAGCAGCUACAGAGGCCUUUAUCACGACUUCUGGGAAUCGCAGGUGGAGACUCGGCAGGCGAAUCGGCCUGACCUUGUGGUAGGCUUCCACCCAGGUUUCCACGCCUACCCUGAUCUAAUGGAGAACUGGCUGCCGACCUUGCUGCUCCUCAGAGACUACAACAUCCCCUCGGUCUUCACCGUUUACAGCGAGCAAGAACUCAAGUAUUCCCUGAAGAUCUCGAUGGAGCUGGAGAUGCGGAUCACGGGCUGCGGAGCCAACCCCUUCGCCUCCCUCAAACCGGAGCAGGCCUAUUCCAACCCCAACAAGCCUCCCGUCUACUGCAACUCCCACUAUUUCACGUUCUGCGGAUUGUCCGGCUCUCCGGACGAAGGAGAGUCGGAAGGGGGCGAGGGUGAGAACGAUUAGAAACGGGGACGCUUUCGAGACACGCAGCCGGUAGGACGGGUCCGCUGGGAGCUUCAUUUUAUCACGGUUAUCACAUACAGGGCUGGUGUUUCAAUUUGGCCCGUUUGCUCUGACCUAUCAGGCUAGUUAGCCGAUAUCACCCUCAGUCUGAUAGGAUGGAGCACAUGGCAAAAUCUCAAAAGCCAAGCGGGGUAAAAAUAGCCCGAACCCUUGAUUCUGGGGCCCCUGGAUUUGUUACCCCUCUCUGAAGCCCGUUCUAAUCCGGCCUUUUACUUCCCUCGCUCGUACUCGAUAUAGUUGACCCGGUUCUCGUUCACCGUCGAUUGGAUUGCACUUGCACAUUUCUUUACGCUGAUAAAUAUUGGGUUUCAUUAGGCGUUCUAAUUGGAUGAGCUCUUUAACUUUCAGAUUGUGGAUCGCUUCUUGGGCCAUUUCACAGGAAGGAUGGCACACGGGUUUUCUUUAAAAAAACAAACAAACAUUAAAUGCCUGCUUGGUUCUGAAUAAUCGUCAAAGUCCGGGCAUGUCCUGCACUUUCUUAAUACUUGCUUAUUUCAAGCCAGACCACCUCCAACUCCAACAGGCAACAGUUCUUCAGAGUCUCAAGUGAGAACCUUCACCAGCCCUCACCCUCGACACCCAGAUCCUUUUAACUGGAAACACCAAGGAUUAAUCCUGGGAUCUUCAGGUAUGAUCCACCAGCUCUUCCACAAAGCAGGGUCCAUCUUUUCACGUAUCCUCUCCCCCAGAGAUCAGACCACCCUUUUUGAGCUUGUGGCACCACGUGGGGGACCCCUGGUCUAUGCGAUCCUGCAGGCAGGGUGACAAAAAUUAUCUUUCUGUCCCAAAACUGCCAGGAAAGGCUG